AUGAGAAAUCUUACCUCUUAGCUGGCACUCCUGAGUACUUGGCUCCAGAAAUCAUUACCAGACAAGGUCAUUCUUACGAAGUUGAUAUAUGGACCCUUGGAAUUCUGA